CUGAAGGUAGGACUUGUGUUACACUUAAAGUUUGGAUAUUAAGAUUCUAAGAUUCCAACAGGCUCAGUAAUAGCUAUCUCUGAAGUGAUGGUUAUAAGGUAAAAUUAGCAGCUCGCAGAAUCCUCCAGAUGUCACGGUGUAGUAUAACCAACGAUGAAUUGCUAUUAUCCUCAUAAGGAGGAUGAUACUAAGAAUCUAAAGCAUACACAAUAUCACCUGUAAUGUCACACUCUGAAGAUGCGUAUAGAAUGAAUUAUGGACAUCAUAAUUUUGGGAUCAGUUUUUUCAUGAGACAUUGAAAAAUCUUUCCCUUAUCUUUAUCUUCUCAGGAUAUUACGUUUUUGUGAUGUUAUGGAUAUGACAUUUACUUCAUAAUGAUUUCAUGAGUAUAUUUCAUAAUAUGAAUGCGCUGCAGACUGUUUGAUCCCAGGGAAUAACAGAUCAGGAUAUAUUGAGCAAUCCAGGACUUGAACAGAGUAAGGCAUUGUAGCUGUAUGUAUUGUAGGCCUGGUGUGGCUGAUGGAAAGCUACAGCUGUUUCAGUACAGAACCCUGUAAAGGAAGAACACAAGAACAAAUUUUGACAGCAUAUAAUAAAUACUAUGGAUACUUGAAGUACAGUAGCUGAAUGCUCCCAAGAAACUCCAAGAAUCCCUUUACCAGAUAUUGCCAAAGUAACUAUUACUUUUCGACAGCAGUUCACUAAACAUGGAGUGAAAAUACUCUUGGAGAAAACCUUAGCUGAACUACAUAAUCAAAUUUCUAUUAUAAAAUAUGAAUAACUAGAAAGAUGUCAGAAGACAACCAAGCGCCUGGUAUGUCAGGCGUUGACAAGAACACAACCUAUGAGAGAAAGGACAAUCAUCAGUCAAGGACUCAGAGCUUUGCUGAAGCACUUGAUACGGCUCUGAAUGGCUUAGCUGAUAUGGAUGAACGAUCUAAGACACUGCCUCUUCCAGACAAAGCCACAGAGAAGCAUAAAUUUGCAAAUGCAAUUGCAAAACAGAAUGUUAUUAUUGGCUCAGCCAUCCAGUCCCUUGACAAUCUCAAUGAGCAGGUGGUUCAGUACUCGGAGCCCGAGAGCUCCCUCAACGCAAACCUGGAAUUUGGAUUAUCUGAUGACCAAAAAGAUAAUUUGAAAUCAUCAUUAGCAUUGAUGCGCCAUCUUUUGUUGGAUGCACAGAGAAAGUUUCGAAAUAUGGUCGAUGAAAAUAAACGUCUUGCUAGUAAAAUUGAUGGGACAUUGCAAGUAGCCAAUCAUGAGGUAUUGUCUCUUAGGACGGAAUUAGCUGACACAAAUAAACGAUUGCUAGAGAUUAGCCAGGAUGGAAGUAUGGAGUCUGGUCACACCAAUGAUGAUGAUAAUAUACAAAUGCAAGAGAAGGAAGAACGGGAGGAAGAGAUCAAAGGACUUAGGGAGAAGAAUGAGAAGCUAGAGCAAGUUGUACGUGGAUUACAACGUGAAGUUGUAGAAUUGAGACGUAUUAAAACAACAUAUUGUGACAGUAAUAGUGCAAAUGAAAUCAAGUUUGACUAUAUUCAGUCACAACAGGAGCUCAGUAGGGCAAAGGAGUCAAUUACUGCGAUGAAACUUGACCGGAAGCGGCUUAAGUCAGAAAAGGUGGAUCUACUGAGCCAAAUGAAACAGCUCUACUGCACACUAGAGGAUAAGGAAUCUGAGCUGAGGGACUUCAUACGUAACUAUGAGAUGCGUAUGAAGGAAAGUGAUGAUACAAUAAAGCAGCUAGCAUUUGAGAAGGAGGAAUCUGAGCGAGAGAAGUGGGAGAUCCUAGCCCGAGGCCGAGAAGCAGCGGAGAGGUCUGUUAAAGUGCGUAACCAGCUAUUUGAAGCUGAGGGAAGAGUAAAGGCCCUUGAGGAGGAACUUCAACAACUGCAACAGGAACGAGCAAGAUUAACAUCAACAACUUUAGGGGACGAUACAACUUCAGGGUCAAAUUUGACAUCCAUACAUUCCAACAACAACACCAUAGAAACACCAGAGAGCCUGGACACUAAUGGGGCCACAGGCUUUUUUACUACUAGCACACCAGUAGAAAUGAGACACCCCAGAGUGCCAGAAGCAGCUGCCAGUGAGGAGGACUUAAAACGACUUGAAGAGCUCCACACUAUAAAAGUGCCAGAAAAUGUGAAGUUUAAAAAGAAGAAAAGUAGUGGAUUCAGGUCUUUUUCUCAAGUGUUCACAAAAGGCAGGAACAGAAGAUCACUUGCAAUGGACCCAAAACUUUUAGAAUAUGACAAAGACAGUCCCGGAGGUCUUAAAGUACUCAAUACUUCUAAUUACAGAGAAAAACAGGAAAUAGUUCGACAAUGUAAAGAUGUUUCUAUGAGCCAUUGGAAAGCCAACCAAGUGUUAGCAUGGCUGGAGAUCACUAUGUGUAUGCCUAGCUAUGGGAAAAAAUGCAUAGAAAAUGUGAAAAGUGGCAAGGUUCUGCUUGGUCUAAGUGACUCGGAGCUAGAAUCAGCGUUAGGGAUCAACAGCUAUUUACACAGGCGGAAACUGCGCCUAGCCAUAGAGGAAUACAGGGACCCUACUUCAAGUAAGUUUCCAAAGGCUUCCACUAUUGACCACACAUGGGUGUCAUUAAAGUGGCUACAUGACAUAGGUUUACCACAAUACAGCACUGUGUUCGAAACCCUUCUCAUAGAUGGCAGGGUGCUCAAUACAUUACAAAAGAAACAUAUCGAGAAACAUCUGAACGUCCAUCGCAAGUUUCAUCAAUCUAGUCUCCUACAUGGUGUUGAGCUGUUGAGAAGGCUCAACUUUGACAAAGAGGCAUUGCUGGCUCGAAGGAAGGCAUGUGAGAACUCAGACUUUGACCCAAUUGUCUGGAGUAACCAGAGAGUCGUCAAGUGGAUUAACAGUAUAGACCUACAGGAGUAUGCAGAUAAUCUGUUAGAGAGUGGAGUACAUGGAGCCAUGUUGGUACUGGAACCCAGCUUGACUGCAGACACCCUUGCAACUGCCCUCUCUAUCCCUCCAUCCAAGUCAUAUGUUAGGAGGCAUCUCAUGUCUGAGUGGAACAAUGUCAUACAUCCUGCAAG